AUGUUGCUCACUCGCUGGAUGCUUCGUGGUUUUGCAGAUGCAGCUUCGAAAAAGACUCCACCUGCAAUUAAGAACGGGCCUUCUUUUCAAGACUUCCUGAGUACAUGUAGGUUGUAUUACACACGUUUAUACCCAUAAAUUAGGAUAUUUAGCCAGUGUUGAAGAUGCGGUUUCAAAAUAUGAAGGCAAAAUGAAACUUGAAAGUGGAGACCGGCGUUUACGACUACCUCCAUGGUUGAAAAAAGAAAAGGUUAGCUAUCAUUUUUUUUUUCUCGGCUGUUAUUUAAAAUCUAGGUUUUGCCUUCCGAAAACGAAAAUGUUGCCAGACUCAAAAAGCAGCUGAAAAGUUUGAAACUUUCAACAGUUUGUGAAGAAGCGAGGUAAAUUUUAGUCUAUUACAGGUGAAUUACUUUGUUGUAAAAGGAAUUUUAAUCACGAAUAAUGAGCUGUUUAUUUCCAACUGUAGUACAGUUUGGUUAGAUUCGAGUUGAAACAAAAAGAAAUCUGAAAGUCAGUUGCCACUCGAAUGAAUGCAAAAGAUCUCCAGUACGUUACGAAUGUCUAAAUUAGUUGCCUAAUUCGAAGAAUAUCUUUGUUCAAUUUUCGCGGGUUCUGGAAACAGUAAGGUUUUAGUAGAUGUCAAUAUGUGAGUAGAUCCUGGAAAUUUUCCUAAACUUUUCAUCUUUUCUGGUUUAAUAACGAAAUAUUAACAUUAUAUAUUUUGUGUUUUUUCGUUUCUAGAUGUCCGAAUCUUGGCGAAUGUUGGGGAGGGUCAGAAGAUAGUCUUGCUACUGCUACCAUCAUGUUGAUGGGCGACACUUGUACUCGAGGAUGUCGAUUUUGCUCUGUAAAAACUUCUCGCGCGCCACCUCCGCUAGAUCCUAACGAACCUCAGAACACGGCGAAAGCUGUAGCUUCAUGGGGUGUUGACUACAUUGUUCUAACUUCCGUGGACAGGUUGAAUUUUUUUUUCUUUUUUACAAAGUGUAUUAGCUUACAGAGACGAUUUACCUGAUGGCGGGGCUUUACAUUUAAGAAAAACUGUAGAAAUGAUGAAAAAAGCUAAGCCUGAGCUUCUCAUCGAGUGCCUUCUACCUGAUUUUGCUGGAAACAAACAUAGUAUUGAAGUUAUGGCGUCAAGCGGACUUGACGUUUAUGCACAUAAUAUGGAGACGGUAGAACGUUUAACUCCGUGGGUGCGUGAUCCUCGCGCAAAAUAUGGACAAUCUCUUUCAGGUUUGGAAAAUAACGACAAUCAAGGAUAAUUUUAGUUUAGGUUUAAAGUACGCCAAAGAGAGGAAUCCAAAACUCGUAACAAAGACGUCUCUCAUGCUUGGCUUGGGAGAGUCCGAUGACGAAGUUCGUCAGUGUUUGAACGAUUUACGCUCUCAUGACGUAGAUGUUGUUACAUUCGGCCAGUAUAUGCAGCCUAGCAAAAGACAUCUACUGGUUAAAGAAUGGAUAACCCCUCAAAAGUGAUUUACCUUUGAAAUUAUUCUCAAAAUGUUUGUUUCAGGUUUGACGAAUGGGCAGAAUUUGCGAAAAAGCUUGGAUUUUUGUACGUUGCUUCUGGUCCAUUAGUUCGUUCAUCCUACAAGGCUGGGGAAUUUUAUUUGAAGAAUGUUUUAAACAAUAGGAGAAAAUGAAAGUUUUUGUAUAGCUGUACGAUUUUUGUAUAUAUGUAUAUCAUAUCACGUUUAUUAACUGCAUUUUUUUCAUGUCGCUUUAAUAAAUAAAUUUUUUUUUUUUUCUGUGUGUCUCUCCAUUUCAUCGUUUUUGGCGAUGUUAUAUCUUCGUACUUGAAUAUUUUUUUCACGCCGUUUUUAUUAUUCUGUAAAUUGAAAGAGCGUUCUAUUUUGUAAAACUGUUCAUAAUUGUUUUUUAUAGUUAUUUUUCAGGGUACACGAUGGGUCUGACAAAUAAGACAAUCGUCAUUGACGGAAAAGACCACUUGCUUGGUCGUUUGGCCUCCACUGUGGCCAAAAACCUUCUCCAAGGCGAAAAGGUCGUGGUCUUGCGAUGCGAGGAGAUCGCCAUCUCUGGAAACUUCCACCGCUCCAAGCUGAAGUACUUGAGCUUCCUUCGCAAGCGCUUGAACAUCAACCCUUCUCGAGGACCUUUCCAUUACCGUGCUCCCUCAAAGAUCUUUUGGCGCACAGUCAGAGGUUUUUUUUCACUCAUUUUUGAAUAUUUACAUUGGAUUUUCCAUACAGGAAUGCUGCCUCAUAAGACUAUCCACGGAACAGCUGCUCUGAAGAACCUGCGCACGUACGAAGGCGUUCCCAGCCAAUACAACAACAAUAAGAAAUUCAACGUUCCCUCAGCUAACCGAGUUUUGUGCCUUGAGCCCCGCCGAAAGUUCUGCAGAGGUAAUUUUUUGUUUUGUUAUAAACAGUCCCACCUAAAAACAAUUUCAGUUGGACGUCUCUCCCAUGAAGUUGGAUGGCAAUAUCAGGAUGUCGUUGCUACGUUGGAAGCAAAGCGAAAGGUGAAAGGUGCUGCCUACCACGAGCAAAAGAAGAAGCUGAACAAGCUUCAAGAGCAAGCAAAGAUCAACGCAGCCUCAAAAAUUGCUCAGUAUCAGAAGAUCAUUGAGAGCUAUGGCUUCAAUUAA